CCUUUUUCUUCUUUCUUUUCAAGUCUCAUCAUGAUAAAAGCCAUUACAACAAGACAACUAUUACUUUUGGUCUUAUUAAUACCUGCUAGUUUAUCAUUGUUGUACCUUUUGACAUCAGUUCAACGACCUUCAAGUCGAGCUUCCACAACGAAAGCUAUGGCUCAACAACAAGGUUUCAUCUCCAACACAGCAUCCAGUUUGACAGCCUCACAUUCUGAAUGGGAACAAUGCUUAGAUCCCGGUCAAGAACCUUCAGUUUACCUCUCCAUUGUCAUUGUCACUCGAAUGGAUGACUAUGCUGGUGAUCAACAUCAUCGACUUCAAAACUUUAUAGAUAGCGCUUUUGUUUUGGCUGAAAGGACAAAGGAAAAUAUGGAAUUACUUAUUAUUGAAUGGAAUCCUCCCAAAGAUCGACGACAAGUGAUUGAUGCUUUUAGAUACCGUCGAUCUGAUUAUUUGACUUAUCGGAUCAUCACUAUUCCCAAAGAUAUUCAUGAUAUAUUGCCUAAUCGUGGUAAUGCCCCUUUGCAUGAAUUUGAAGGGAAGAAUGUGGGUAUCCGGUUUGCUCGUGGUGAAUACGUCGUUUGUACGAAUCAAGAUGAUAUUUGGUCUCACAAUUUCCACAAUGCUAUUCAAUCUCAUGCAUUCAAGAAAGGUAUCAUUUAUUUGCAACAUCAAGAUCCUCAUAAUAUUCAUGACCCUUUACCUCCUUCCAUCGUACGAUUACCACCUUUUGCAAAUGAUAAUACUUUGUACAACUCAUGUCAACUUGGUGAACAAGAAUGGGGCAAGUUUGUCCUACCAGAGCCAAUAAAAGUCAACAUGGAUAACAUUUUGAAAAUUGGUGAUCAAGCAGGUGAUUUUACUUUGGCGCAUCGCGAUACAUGGAAGAUUCCAAAAGGUUAUCGUGAAGAAGGUGGUGUUGCCUGGAUGGAUAUCGAAUUUAUUUGUACAGCCACUUGGACCUUUGACUUACCUGUCGUUUAUAGCAAAAAAGGUUUCACUUGUCAUCAAGACCAUCAAAAUAUUUGGGAAUUCAACAAGGAACAACAUACCGACAACAAGGAUAUUCAUAUGGAGGAUAUUCGAGACAAGAAGAAAAUAUAUAUCAACAAAGAUGGCCAAUGGGCUUUACAACAAUUAGAUAUUUGGAACUUAGGUUUAGGUUGCGUAGAAUUUAGUGGGGGUCUCUCUCAAUAAAGUUUCUUUUUUUUAUGUAUAGAAUAAAUAUUUGUUGAAG